GGGUUGGGUCGAGAUGCUGCUUGACACGCCUCUUGGUCAGAACGCGGAUGUCUGUCCAGGCUAUAUAGGAGACGUGAUCGCAGACUGCCUGGGCGGAAACCUGGAAGAGCAGCUUCUUCAGUCCCAGCAUCUGUCUUCUGUCCUCAACAGGCCCUAAGCACUAUGGCGUACCACAAAGAGUUUGAGACUGCAGGGAAGAAGCCUGGCCUGCAGGUGUGGCGGGUUGAGAAAAUGGAUUUGAAACCUGUUCCUACAGAACUGCAUGGAAACUUCUACACCGGAGAUGCUUACAUACUGCUCUACACCACCUCUGCCCCCUCUUACAACAUUCACUCGUGGAUUGGGGAAGCGGCUUCCACCGACGAGAGAGGGGCAGCUGCCAUCUUAAUGAUGCAGCUGGAUGACUUCCUGGGUGGAGCUCCAAGACAAUACACUGAGUUUCAAAGCCAAGAGUCAGUAACCUUUCUGGGGUAUUUCAAGUCUGGAAUCAAAUACAAGAAAGGUGGAGUAGCAUCCGGCUUCCACCAUGUGGUGACCAACGACACAAAUGUCCAACGCUUGCUGCACGUUAAAGGUCGUCAUAACAUCAGAGCCAUGGAGGUGGACAUGACCUGGGCUAGCUUCAACAAAGGAGACUGCUUCAUCAUUGACUUGGGAAAGAACAUCUACCACUGGUCAGGCAGUGAAAGCAAUAAGUUUGAGCGACUGAAAACCACUGAGCUGGCCAUCGACAUCCGCAACAAUGAGCGAAAGGGCCGUGCUGAAAUAGAAAUGAUUGAAGAAGGCUCUGAGCCAGAAGCCGUCAUUAAAGUGCUUGGACCCCUGCCCAACCUCCCAUCAGGAAGCAGCGAUGAUGUUUCUGCUGAUAAGAAGAACAAGAACCAGGCAUCUCUCUAUUUGAUUUCUGACGCUACUGGCUCCAUGACGACAACUAUGGUGGCUGAUAAAAACCCAUUCAAACAAGACAUGCUCUCCCAAAGUGAAUGCUACAUCUUGGACAAUGGUGGAGACAAUAAAAUAUUUAUCUGGAAAGGAAGGAAUGCAAAUGCAGAGGAGCGCAAAGCAGCAUUUACUGUUGCAAACAAGUUCAUCAAAGACAAGAAUUAUCCCCAGAAUACUCAGGUCCAGGUAAUGCCGGCCGGGGGUGAGACCACCCUGUUUAAGCAGUUCUUCUUCAACUGGUUGGACAAGGAUGAGACCACAGGCCCAAGUAAGGCUUACACCAUUGGUCGCAUCGCUCAGGUGGAGCAGAUUCCCUUCGACUCCUCCAAACUCCACAGCAACAAUAUCAUGGCUGCCCAGCAUGGCAUGGUGGAUGAUGGCUCCGGGAAAGUAAAGAUUUGGCGUGUGGAAGGAGGUGAUAAGGUUCCUGUAAAGCCAUCCACCUAUGGACAGUUCUUUGGAGGCGACUGUUACCUGGUGCUGUACUCCUACAGCGUGGGAGGCAGAGAGAAGCAUAUCAUCUACACCUGGCAAGGUCAGAAGUGCACAAAGGAUGAACUAGCUGCUUCGGCCUUUCUGACCGUCAACCUGGAUGAUUCCAUGGGCGGAGUAGCUACCCAGGUUCGCGUCACUCAGGGCCAAGAACCCCCUCAUCUUGUGAGUGUGUUUAAGGACAAGCCUUUGGUGAUCUACCUGGGUGGGACAUCCCGCGAGUCUGGUGAGAGCAAGCCUGGCAGCACACGGCUCUUCCAUAUCCGCCAGAGCUCCAACAAAGCCAUCCGAGCUGUUGAGGUGGAGCCCACUGCCUCUUCUCUGAACACAAAUGAUGUGUUUGUGCUGAAGUCACCUGAGUCCCUGUUCCUGUGGAAGGGAAAGGGAGCAACUCCGGAGGAGAUGGCUGCAGCUGAGUAUGUUGCUGGCCUGCUUGGAGGAACUGGCACUGUGGUGGAGGAGGCCAAAGAGCCAGCUGGUUUCUGGCAGUUGCUGGGUGGGAAGAAGGACUACCAGACCUCCAAAACCCUGCAGAGGAUGGUGAGGCCUCCACGACUGUUUAGCUGUUCAAACAAGACUGGCAGGCUGACAGCGGAGGAGGUGCCCGGUGAGUUCACACAGAUGGAUCUGGCAACCGAUGAUGUCAUGAUUCUGGACACCUGGGAUCAGAUCUUUGUUUGGGUCGGAAAGGAUGCCAAUGAGGUGGAGAAAACUGGAUCAGUCAAGAUUGCCCAAGACUAUGUGAAUUCGGACCCCUCUGGUCGUUUCGGGAUCCCCAUCAGCACCAUUAAGCAGGGGGAGGAGCCACUCUCCUUCACCGGCUGGUUCCAUGCCUGGGACCCCAAGAUGUGGAACAAAGAUCUUAUGCAGUGGAUGCAAACCCGUAUCAAAAAGCAUUAGUAGAAAAACUAAAAGCAGUAGAAAACACCUGCAAAGAUCCAUUACUUAUCACAUAUUGUUAGACUUCAAAGAGUAAUCAAACUGUCUGAUAUUGUGAGCUUGGAAUUUUAAAGGCGUGUGUGGGUGGAGAGAAGCUGGUUUUCAUUCUUUCUUAUGCAUUAAAAUAAUAAGCUAGCAAGUGUUGACAAUCCAGUGAAACUUCAUGAUGCACUAUUUCUACCAAGUUCAGUGUGGCCUUGAGGACAAUUUUUAAAUGAACUAUGUCACAGAUGAGAUGGCAUUUUAAACGUCACAAUUUGUUUUCUGUUUGCAACAAAAAAGAAUGUAUAUUAUUUUUACCUAUAGUUUCCCUUUUUACAGCUUAGUUUGCAAAGACGCAUUUAGAUUGGGAAAUUCAACAUUUUAAUAAAAACGGCCUUCUUUGAAAACCA